AUGGAUUCACAAAAUCAAAAUUUUUUUAAUCCGAAACAGCAACAACAAGGUGGUGGCUAUGAUGGAUAUUCACAACAACCAGCUGGUUACACAGGAUAUCCACAACAGCAUGUCGGCUAUGGAAGUCAACAACCCUAUCCUCCACCAUCCGAUAAAAAUCCACCACCUUAUGCAGAUCAAGGACCGUAUGGAGGGGUUCGUGGACCACAAGUGCCAUUUGUACCGCCUGUUUCAAGGCCAUUUGCCGAGUCAACGCCACCAAAAAAUGUGGAACAAGGUAAUGCUGAUUGGGGUAAUUUUAGCGGUCUUAACAGUAAAGAAAUUCGACGUGUAUUUAUACGAAAGGUUUAUAUUAUUCUUAUGGUUCAACUUCUGGUUACAUUUGGAUUUAUUGCAUUAUGUCAUUUUACCGGUGUUUUUCUUGUUACAUAUUUAACAUUGGCAUGUUGUCGAAGUGUUGGCCGACGUUAUCCAUUAAAUUUACUUUUACUAUCACUCUUGACAAUAGCCAUGUCAUAUAUGAUGGGCAUGAUAUCAGCAUUUUAUACGACUAAUUCGGUUUUAAUUGCCGUUGGAAUAACAGCAUUUGUUUGUUUGGCUGUUACAUUAUUUUCAUUUCAAACAAAAUAUGAUUUUACAAGUUGUACUGGAGUGAUAUUUGUUGUAUCAAUAGCUUUAUUAGGUUUUGGAAUCGUUUGCAUAUUCACACGGUCUCAAAUACUAUAUACAGUCUAUGCUGGUUUGGGUGCAGUAGCUUUCUCAAUUUUCCUAGCAGUUGAUACACAAUUAAUUCUGGGUAUGAAACUAUAUUUUGAUAGAAGGCGGAUAAGACCAUUUUUCGUUCCCAAAUAUUUUUGAAAAAAAGUUAUCUAUUUGAAAUCAGCGUCAAAUUCUGCAUCGAAUGACGUAUUCGGUUCACUCGAAAAUUGACUUUCAUCUUUUUUGAAACAUUUUCAUCUUCUAUUGGAACUUUCAAAAACUGUUUUUCUCAAAGUGCAAUGAAAGAUAUAUCAUUCGAUGCAGAAUUUCAUGCUCCUUACGAAUAUCAGAUCGAAAGUUGAGUCUUGACCGAAAGAAUUGAGUUUUACCGGAAGAUGGCGUUGGUGACCUAAUUGAAUAAAGACGGUUUUAGUAUCUCAAGAUGAUAUUUGAUAACAUUCAAAAUCAGCUAACUAUUCUAAAAAGCGUAUUAGCUUUCCGAAUAUCACAUUUAAAGUGUUCCAAAUGCCGAUUUUCAUUGUAAAAAAUCGCUUUAACCUCGAAAAACCUUGUAAAACACGUACUAGAUUCCAUAUUUUUUUUCUCACGAUCAAACCAAAAGUCUAACCUAUACGAAAAUGAUGCGAAAUAUACAGUUUCGGAUGUUCUAUCAAAUGAACCUACUUUGAGUCAGAAAAAAUACGCUCAAGUUUUUGAGCAUAAGAUUCUGUCGAAAAC